AUGGUCAUUUCUGCUAAUUUGACAUCUCAAACGACCUCACAAACUGGACUCUCCCCACUCAGUCUAUCCACCCAAGCGACCGAGAUAACACCGUUGAUUUCCCAAAGCGACGACUUGGCUCGACAUGCCAAUACUUCAUCUAGCUUCAGCAAUCAUUUGGAACAUGGAGGAGGGCAAGAAACUGUCAAAGAAGUCGAGGUUUUUGUUCCUGGGGAAAGUACUUUCAUCCAAACUUUAUUGAACAUCCUCUGCAACAUAAUCGGUACUGGGUUAUUAGCUUGUCCCAUCGCUCUUGCCCAUGCAGGAUGGGUAUUAGGUCCUAUUCUCAUGGCCAUGGUCGCGGCAACUACGCUUUACACGUCGAAGAUUCUUCUCCGAAUCAUCGAGAAAGAUAAAAGUCUGAAGACCUACACUGAGGUCGUGGGUCAAGGCUUGGGACCGAUAGGACUUAAAUUAGUCACUGUGAUAUUUGUGAUGGAAACUAUGACCUGGAUAAUAAUCCCCACCAGCUUUAUGCCUUUACGGUAUUUUAGCUUCACCAGUGGUUUCGGAAUCACCACUAAUUGGGUACUUAUUGGAAUCCUUCUUUUCACUGGUAUCGUAACACAACAUUCUCCUGGAUCUCUUCACGAACCUGCUCAUACGGACCUCUGGCCAAAUCAUGGUUUAAUCAAAUUUGGGACUGUCAUAGGUAUUCUUUUAUCAGGAUACGGAGGUCACGCAUUGAUACCUAACCUCAUAAGGGAUAUGAAAGAUCCUUCAAAGGCUGAUCGAGUAUGUGAAUUAGCAUAUGGGAUAGCUAUUUCUAUAUACCUACUCGUGGCUGUUUGCGGUUAUAUAAUGUACGGUACGAAUGUUUCAAUCAGCGUCGAUUUGGCCCAUACACCAGGUUUAUCAUCCACAAUUAAUCAUGUAGCACUCCUAAUGGUUGCUCUCAAUCCUUUAACUAAAAUACCACUUGCUCUACGACCUUUAUCCGAUAUCAUAAUGAAUUGGUUCAACCUUCAUCCUACCGUGAUAAUACCUACCACAACAUCAACAACAAACCCACCACCGUCCGUCGAGUCAGGCACUUCGACUUCGCCUUACAUUUCUUCGAACAUGGAAAGACAACAUGAUCGUCACGAACGUUUGAAAAUGGUAUUUCGAGCUUGUGUACGUAUGACACUUGCCAUUUUGGUCAUACUCGGAGGAUUGAUCAUGCAUUCUUUCCAAGCUGUUUUGACCUUGUUAGGAAGCGGUGCGUUGAUUAUCAUUGUCAUUCUUCCGCUUUACGUUAAUGGACGAAUGUUCGGAUGGAAAUGGUGGACCAGAUUUAUUUGUGGGCUUGGUAUAUUUUUCACGAUUUAUGGAGCUGUAGCGAGUUUAUGGCUUCAAAGCCAGGAUGAAGAGAAAGAGGAAUGA